GACCCGGGAGCCGUGAGCCCCGGAGGAGGCGCGGGCGGCGCCGCCAUGGACUUCCAGCAGCUGGCAGAUGUCGCGGAGAAGUGGUGUUCCAGCACGCCCUUUGAGCUCAUCGCCGCCGAGGAGACGGAGCGCAGGAUGGACUUCUACGCCGACCCGGGCGUCUCCUUCUACGUGCUGUGUCCGGACAACGGCUGCGGCGACAGCUUUCACGUGUGGAGCGAGAGCGAGGACUGCCUGCCCUUCUUGCAGCUGGCGCAGGACUACAUCUCUUCCUGCGGCAAGAAAACGCUCCAGGAAGUCUUGGAAAAAGUCUUCAAGUCCUUCAGACCUUUGCUGGGGCUUCCAGACGCAGAUGACGACGCAUUUGAAGAGUACAGUGCAGAUGUGGAGGAGGAGGAGCCAGAGGCGGACCACCCCCAAAUGGGGGUCAGCCAGCAGUAAACUUCUAGGUCACCUUGCAGAAGGGGAGUAAGCCCUGUGCACCCCAUGGGGUCCUGUGCUCCUGGGGUAGCCCUUUUGCAUUAGCUCUUCAAAAACAGAACGUCUGGCUCUCGGCAUCCAAAUGAAAAUGAAAUACCUUUGAAAUGACCACACAAUAUCUGUGAUGAGAUUUGCUCAGAAGUGACCAGAAUUUCGGCCCCACUUUGGCGGGGGUCUCUAUGGAGAUGUCUUGGUAGCUUUUGCCUCUUUGAAGUUAGAGUCCAUGUUGUGGCUGCCUGUUCCCUCUUGAGUUUAUGUUAGAGAAUUAAUGUUUCCUAACUGGAAUGUGGAGAACUCUGAAUGUAUUAAGGAUGUGUUUUGAGUCCUCACAGGUGACCUUGCUGAGGAAAAGCAUGACGGAGGAGAAACGCAGCCUGAAUGUUUUAUGUACCUUUUAAGUGUCCGUCAGUGAAAGGUUUUGCUUAGAAAGCAUGAGUUUUAAUAUCUAGUCGUGAUCUGCACACGUGCAAACGCAGAGGGUGAGAGCGGCUGAGGCUCCUUGGAGAGUUCACCAUGGUUGCAUUAGUUACCUGGGCAUGUAGCAGCCAGCCACUGGCCGGUGUAAAUGUUUCGUGGUUGUUUGAUCGUUUUUAAAACCUGCUGAUUCCAAAGCCACUUUUAAAUUCUUAGAGUGGAAAGUGUAGAUGGGGCAAAAGAUAUAAAUGACUGAUGUCUCUAAGCUAUUUAUAAACCUGCACAUGAAACAUUUACCUUUUCUCUUUAUGAUGAGAUGGCAACUUAUUACAUCAUGGGGACAGCCAGGAUCUGAGCAAGUGCCCCUUAAGCUUUGAAGCCAUAGAUAAGGCUAACAGGAAAAUAAACUAGGAUAAAAAUAUUAAUAUAAUGGAAUCCUUUGCUUUCCUAAUCUUUUAUUCUUUAGAGAAUGUCAAGAAAGGCUCCCAGUGAGUUAAUUUAUUUAAAAAUUAUAAUUAAAUCCUCCAGGGAACCUACUUGCAGUGAAAUUUUAAAGGGGCAUGAAAGCAAGAAUCUUAAUUACGGGAAUGCUUGGUUAAAGGAGGAUGAUUUUAAUGAUCGGGACACAGAGACAACUCCCAGAAGUGACUGCUGUCAUUAUUUAGCCAAUAAAUACUUAGCAGGACAUUCUCUGAUGCCAUUGUGAGACUCUUCUGUGUCUCAGGUUCUCAUAACUUAGGGUGCAACAAGUGUCCCUUUGACAAUGUUUGAUUCCUCUGUGCUUCUGGUUUGGGAGUGUUACACACACACACACACACACACACACACACACACACACACACACACCGGUAGUAUUUUAAAUUAAUAAAAAAAGAAAAUGAAGGUGAAGACCACGACCGCCUGUGCUGACAAAAGCUUGCAUGGAUGGCCAGCGUGUCUGGGCAUUCUCUGUUUAACCCAGGAGCAGUUCGAAGGGUGCCACACUCCUUGGUGCAUUGUAGAAUUCAGCUGCUGGGUGAUGUCACACACCGGUUUCCAUCUGCGCUUUUGGACCUGUGUGUUUUAUUUUCUGGGAGAAGCUUAUUAAUGAUUAAUUCCAAGCCAAGUGACUUCUCUUGAAGUAACCCAUUAGCAACGUCAGACUAAGUGCUCCUUCCAGGGGGCGAGGUCCAGCCUUGGCAGUCCUACCCAUGGUCCCACCUUGUGAGCUUACAGCAGGGAGACUGAGCUCUCUGUCUUGUAGAUACUGUCUUUUAAAUAUGGUAGGUCACACAAAUAAAUGGCUUUUUCAGCUAAAUGAGGACACCUGAGCUCUGUUCCAAGGUAACCUGGAAUUUUAUACACAGAGGCUCCAAAUCUAAAUUUACAUCUGCUUGAGCAUUAAUAUAAGAUGCAUAUUUUAUCAAAAACGUAUUUAAGCGUUGACCAGAUAUACUCGGUGUUACCACAUUAAUGUUCUCUAUUUGUACACACUGAGCUAAGACUCCUCCUAGUGGUACAGAGGGCUGCUGAAUCUCGUCUUCUGCCCAGGGGUCAGAAAGAGAACAUCCCUGGGUGUGGUUGAUUCCCAGGGCAAAUCCCAGAGGCAUCAAGAAGUCCAUUGUCCUUGCAAACCCCCUCCUCUCUGCUGUUGUGUGUGUCCCUUCCAGUGCGGGCUUGUGUGCACACCCGAGCCUACCUGUUCCACAGUGAGACAAGUUUGACCCCUCCCAAGCCUACAGAGCUAGGCCUUUAGUGGCAGCCGUCGAGUGGGAGAAGGGUCUUUGGAAGUUAGGAGAGACACUUACCCUGGGCUGCAGGACACUGGCAGGUCACGUGACUUCUCUAUGAACAGGGCUAUUUGCUCUUGUAGCUUUAAGCGCUCUCCUAAGGUAGCUGCCGCAGGAAGCGUAUGCUCAGAAGAGCAGCAGCCCAGGGCACUGAGGGAAUGGGAAGGAAAUAUUUUGUUAUUUUGCCAAAGAUGGUGUCCUUAAGAUGCUGGCCAUGCAGCUACUUUAGAAUAUGGUGGCCAGCAGAUGUCCAGAUGCCUGGAGCCUGGGGUGAGCGCUAUCCCAGUCAACUGACGAGAUUCUGUCACUUUGAGACGUGGGUAAGCAGAGGCCGCAGAAGAUGGUAUGUCUUCCCCUGAAUGCCAGGGACAGGCAGAGCUGCUCCUUGCCCCGUACACUGAAGGCUUUGGAGGUGGUAGGCAGGCCACCCAAGAGAGGAGAUUGAUGUGAAGACUAGCUGGAGGAGCAUGGCGGUGAACACUUUGCUUGUUCUAUCACUCAGGAAGAGAAAGUGACAGUGAAGGCUUGGUAGGUAGCAGACAGAGACAGUGCACAUAAACAUAUAGGGAAAGACUGCUUGCUGGUCCUCGUGACCAGCUGAAAUCUGAAUGACGUCACUGACAGCACUGCAAAGGUGGAUCCUGUCAUUGAGUGACCCGUGGGGACAUUUUCCUCAUAUCUGCCUGGUUAUUUUCCUCUGCCUGGUGAUGGCGCUGAACCAAGCAGGCUUCAGACAUUGAAAAACAGAGCCAGGUAGGGUAGUGAGGCCUGGUGCAGUGCCUAACAUCCCUAGGGUUCAACCAGACUGAAGGGUCCACUUGUGGCACCUGGGCUCGCUGCAGCAUACGCUACAUUCUAUGUUUCCAUGACCAGAGCACAAAACGUCUGCUCCGUGAGAAGAUUGUCCUUGCACGCUGGUGUCAGAACUAGGUUUGCAGUGCUCGUAAGUCAAACUGGGGGGGUGACACCACUGCUCAGUGCAGACAGAAAUCAUUCUCUAGCACAAUGCAUGCCUCUGAAUAUUGUUUUGGUUUCUCCGAGCACAAAGAGUAUGUCCAGGGUGUUGUGAUCCCAGAGCGGAAUUUUUAGUUAUUGCAUGCUAAAACUCACCAGUUGGGAAACAGUUUAAUCAAAUCUGGUUUUCUCCAGUGAGAGGAGUGUAGGGAUGGACAAGACUUAAUGUGUGCUGGGAGGAGGUGAACGGGGGCAGUGAGGAGUUAGGUCUCCAUCCAUCUGAGUUGUAAACAAGGCACGUAGUCCACACUUACCUCCUGGACCACUUGUGUUCUUGACUGUCUCUAGAGAACUGGGUGCUUAGAGGAUGCCGGUAAUGGCUUUGUGAUUUUCAGAUGCCCCCUGCCAAGCCGAAGGCACAGCAAAUGUCCUACACACUUGGUAGAAUGCCUUCCCUUAAAAAUAAAAUCCCUGCCAGGCAGGGAAGCUUGCCUUCAAGAGUGCUGGCUUAAGAGGGGCUGUGACGGCAGAAGGGGGGCCAUGCCUGCUCUCUCCUCCACUGGUGCUCCCGUGUCAGUAAACCCAGGCGGAGGCUCCUGUCCCUAGAACAAACCUCUCGGGAGAUGCCAUGCGCGCCUUCUUGCAUCCUCUCCAGAGAUGCAUAAAAUGUUUUUACGUUAGAAACAUUCCUCUGGCAUACAAACAAGUUACUUUGGUCUGAUGGCAGCUAGCAUGACUUGAGAAAGUGAGGUCUUCUAGGUUUCAUACAGAGUAGGUGUAGAACUUGCCGGGACGCUGGUAGCCUGUGGUCAUUGGCAAUGACCUUGAGCGUUUUCUGUUAGAAACCCACUCACCGCACUGCAAGGCUGAGUAGUUCCGAGCAGUCAAAAGUGUGCAUCAGGCUACACAGGAACUAGCGUUCGGUUUGAUUAGGACUGUGUUCCAGUUGUUCGGUAUUAGGAGGGAAGCUAGCAGUGUGCUCUUCAUAAACCACCUUUCCCCAGGUGUCCUUUUUGCUUCUCAAGGUUCUGUUUUAGUAAGAACCUUCUGAACUAGCAGAGACCAACACUCUGUACAAAUGCUAGCCUUCUAAAAGGCACUGAAAUAAAUAUUCAGUGCUGGGCAAAUCGGAGCCCAGCUUUCCAGCCAGUACUUAUUUGUGUAAAAGUGAGAUUUCUCCAGAGAAGCAAAUCGGAAGGAAUAAAAACAAGGGGUUUUGUUGUUUGUUUCUAGGUUUUGUUUUGUUCUUGGAUGGGGAGUUUUUCCUGUGUGAUGCAUGUGCUUUCUUUGAGUUUGUAUUUCCUUUCAGAGAGCUCUCUUGUAAGUGACAAACUGUGAAAUGGGUUGCCAAAAACUGUGUCCUUUGUUAGAUGCUUCAAAGGGAACCGUGUAAAUUCUCUCUUCACCUUGUCCAUCUGCUUCCUCCUCCCUCCCAUGAGAGCAAGGACCACAUCCAAGGAUGUAAUUACCAUACACUUGCAAUUAAAGAGCCUUCCAGCCCUGGU